AUGUUACAGAGACAUCCUGGAUAUUUGUGGCGAUGGCUUGUGAUUGCCCUCAUUGAUGUUGGUCUUAAUGCACCGGAGAAUCUGUCACGACUAGGUCUCAUUCUCGGUAUCAUCGAGUAUAACGACGACGAACUAUUCUACAUUUACAGGAUCAUGGCCCAGGUCCCCUACUACCUUCAAUUUGGUUUCAAUGGUUUCUAUUUGGUGUUGUUCAUUUACGACAAAUCCACGCGACCACAGCGGAGGCGGUUAAUUGAAAGUUUUAGCGCUGAUCAUCACAAUACCGAACGACCACGAGAUACUCUCGGUUCCUUGCGUUGUCGUGCGUCUGGCAACGAACUUCCCUUUUCGGAGCUGCACCCUGUUGAGUGCAACUCUAUGUGUGAUUCUGGAAUUGAAGAUGAACCGGGUCGCUGCUAA